AUGGCCUCAGAAAUAUUUUACAUCGAGGAAGACACGUCGAUGCGUGUGCACCUCCUGGAGGGCUGCGUGGACAACGCAGACAAGGUCGCCGACCGCGUCAAGUCCCACGGAGGGUCCAUAUGCGCCAAAGCCCGCUUUGCCGACGUGAUAUUGGUCAACCCGGAUCAGGUCGAGUCAGUACCAGCAGAACUUCGCAAGACGCCCCUACUCGACCCACGCUGGGUCAACAAGUGCAUCAAAGCCGGUCGCGCUCUCAUGGAAGAGGACAACUGGGCUGGAUGCUUGGUUACCCCUAGCUCAGACAACGAAGCGAAUCGUCAGGUCCCCACGCCUAGAAUCACGCCCGAUCAAUAUGGCCCUGGGCAGUCAUCCCCAAACUCAGCCACCGCGAGCACCUCCGCCAACAUGAUACCAUACCCUCAUCAUUUCGCCGGCGGACCGAACACAUCGUAUAUGAAUGGGCAGAGUAUGCCGAUGAUGGCCAUGAACAAUGGCAUGCAAUUUGCCAAUCCCGCAGAUCCCCAGCUUUCGGGCCUCAUCUAUGACAUGCUUACGAUAGGCACGGCGACCAACGGCGGUUUUGGCAUCCCUGGCCAUGGCCCGAAUCCCGCGUUCCCGUCGUCGGCAUCGGCACCUCAGAUGAACGCUGGCCAGCAUGCACGGUCCGCGUCGGUAGACACCGGCCUCGCCCAGUCCGCGUCUAUGCCAGUCACGCCACAUGGUCCGGUCGACACAAGCAGCAUCCUCAAAGACAUCACUUUCUAUGUACAGCACAUGCUACUCAUGCGUAAAAAGCUUGUGCAGGACAUCAAGGCGAGUGAAUACGAAGCUUUUGGGGCUGUUAUGCUAAAUCAGCACAUUUUAGGCGAUGGGUGGCAAGGUGUCAAAGGACCCAGAGACGGCAGAUUUCGUCAUCUUGUCCGACCGAGUCAAGGAUUUCAAGCGGAUGCUGAAGGCCGCGCACGCAGCGCAGCGGACAGUCGUCAGUGUCAACUUCGUCGGCGACUGCAUGCAGAAGGGCAGGCUGCUCCCCCCGACGAAUUACGCUAUACACCUUGA